CAAGCCCAUUUACGGAAUACUUCAUACUUCUUUAGCUGAACUCGUUCGAAGGUGUAACGAGCUAUAAUACGAAUACAAAAGCCAACUAUGUCGGCUCUAAAGUUCGUUCGUUCUGUAUGGGAGUCGUUUCGAACGACUUCUGGGGUUGAGCCACGAUUGAUCGAUGCUAUGCGAAUAACGGCGGCCGAACCAGGCAAAGUCAACUUCGAAUUACCGAUUGAGAAACAACAUACGAACCGACUGGGGAUUUUACAUGGCGCGACGCUCGCUACGAUGGUUGACACAAGUGGUUCUUUAGCACUCGCAUCCAGAGGCCUUUAUUCGACGGGCGUGUCAACAGAUCUGAACGUCACCUAUCUCAACGCUGGCGGGAAGAUAGGCGACUUGAUCAAGGGCGAGGUCAUCUGCGAUAAGUUUGGAAAGACACUUGCUUAUACCUCGGUCAAGUUCAUGAACAGUAAGGAUGAGAUAGUGGCUCGGGGCAGCCACACCAAAUUCGUUGCUCUGGCAUGGAAAGACGAGAGAAACAUCACCGAAGACUUGAAGCCAGCAGUAAACGAGUCACAAGCUAGCGAAGCUACCCGAACCAGCUUCGGUGGAAAUAAACAUGUUGUAGGCGAAUAGACUGUAUAUAUAUUUUGCUCCUCGUGGAGAUAACAAG